GUUUCCGAUAUCGAGUUUAUCGAUCGACUUCCAUCUCUAAUUUACGUUGGCACUUGCAAAUCUGUAACUCGACGCGUAAUUAGGCAAAGUUUUCGCACAAAGACUGGAAGGCACAUGGCCGGAUCUCAGCGCUGCUGAUCUGCAGACGACGCUUCCAAUCGAUAAUCACACACACCGCCAUCCAUUCACGCAUCCACCCGUGCACACCCGCAGCCACAAUGGAUCCCGACUGGCAGAACAGUCUGACCGAGAUGAAGGACCGCGGCCAGUAUCUGCUCCACUCGGAGAAGUGGGCCGACUGCCGGUUCCUGGUGGGCUCGGUGCCGAACCAGCGUCUAAUCGCCGGCCACAAGCUGCUGCUGGCCAUGGCCUCGCCGGUGUUUGAGCGCAUGUUCUACGGCCAUUUGCCGGACAAGACUGACCCCAUCGUGAUACCGGACGUGCAGCCAGAGGCUUUCGAGGCGAUGCUGGAGUACAUCUACACGGACCGCAUCACCAUCGGCAGCUUCGACAAGGCCUGCGAGCUGUGCUAUGUGGCCAAGAAGUAUAUGCUCCCGCACGUCGUCACGCGAUGCACGCACUUCCUCUGGGCGGACCUUAGUCCGAAGAACGCCUGCCGCGCCUACGAGUUCGCCAAGCUGUUCGACGAGCCGCGCCUGAUGCAGAGCAGCAUGGACCUAAUUGCGGCCAAUACUCGCGAGGUGCUCUCCGAUCCCAGCUUCCUGGACAUCGAGGUCUCAACCCUGAUGGCCAUUCUCGACCAAAACCGUCUCAAUAUCGACUCUGAGCUGGAUCUGUUCAACUGCCUGCUCAAGUUCGCCAGCGAGCGGGGCAUCCUGAACGAGAGCGACGGCGGGCAGGAGGAUGCCGGCGACCGGGACGGCGAGGCCAGGAUAGCGAAAGAGUCACCCAAUGAUUCUGGCGGACAUGUGAUGGUUGAGGUGAUCAAGAUGGAGCCCGAUGUAGCGGCCAUGGUGCAACACAUGCAUCAGGACGAUGAGGGCGACAGCUUUGAGACGGACGCCGGCAUGGCUUCCACUUCCACUUCGGCGGCUGCCGCAGCCGCUGCCGCUGCUGCUGCUGCAGCUGCAGCUAAUGCCGCCGCCGCCACUGUCCCUGCAACUGCCUCUGUCUCUGGCUCGCCGCCCCUGGAUGUGGCAGCCGGCUCCGAUGACCUGGUUAUCAUCGAUAGCGACGCUUCCGGCGAUGCCGCUGCCAAUAUGAUCAACAUUAUGGACGCCCAGCGUACCAUUCUCGAUGGCGCCAUGCUGCGCCAGGCAGUGAAGAAGAUCCGCUUCCUUACUAUGACGCCGCAGCAGUUUGCCGAAGGACCGGCACGCUCCAAGCUACUCCAGCAGCACGAAGCCCUAGCCAUCCUUAUCAAGAUCUCCAGCCCCACGCUCAAUGACUGCCACAUGCCCGAGGGCUUCUGCGUCUCGCGCAGCACCCGCAAUUUCUACGAGUCGGGGCACCGGCAUGGCCAGCGGGAGCUGCCCUCCUCCUCGUACCGUCACGCUGGCCCUGGACUUGCCCCGGCCGGAGUUUGCUUUCCGAUCCCGGGACCGGCAGUACGUAGUGGAGGGGGAGGCGGCGGUGGCGGUGGCGGAGGAGGAUUGAUAAUGGGCAAUGCACCGCGCUUUGGAUCCAUCAGCGCUGGAUUCGGCUUCGGUGGCGAAGACUUGGCCAUGCGUGCCCCAGAACCCGUAGGCGUGGUGCCAGAGCCUGCGCCAGCGCCUGCCUCACUACGCUGCUUUGGCGAUGCCUACGAUGGCGGAGCAGCUGCCCCGGCGUCCGCCAAUGAUAACGAGGGCAAUGGAGGAGGAGGCGGCGGCGGUCCGGCCGCACCUGGAUCGGCUGCAGCUGGAGGGGCUGGUUCCGCCGCUGGAAACUCGCACAACGACAUGGUGCGCGCUUACUGCCUGCGCUCCUUGGCCCGCCAGUUUGACUUCCGCAACACGAGCGUAACGGAUGCAGGCGUUACCUUCCAGGUGGACACCAAUAUAUGGAUCCUUGGCGUACAGGUGCCCACGCGAGUUCUGUGCGGCGAGCUGAUGACCUCCGCCGGCUUCACGGAGCGCUACACGGAGGUGCUGUACGCGCACAUCCAGGACAUGCACGGCUCGCGGAUAACGUACACCCAUUGCACAGCCCGCGUACGCUACGACUCGCUGCUGGACAUCACCUUCGACCGGCCCGUGUACAUCUACCGCAACCAGAUCUAUAAGAUUUAUGUGGUGUUCAACAAGACCGGCUGGUAUCCCAUGUACUCGUGCGUGCCCGACGCCAACUGUAACCGCGUCAAGUUCAUGUUCAACGUGGGCAAUCCCACGGAGUCUGUGCGCGACGGCCUCAUCUAUGCGAUUAUCUUCUCCACUCCGCAGGACCACAACCGCCACCUGGUGGACUGAAUCGGUAGCAAUACCCUAGGCCUAAUGGAUUUAUGUAUUUUCGAUGUGAUAGAUUUAGGUUGGAAAUCGAUGGAUCUGCAAGCUGAACUUUGGCAGAAAGUCAGCCUCUUCCGCAAUCUUUUGUACAUCGAAUCGUAUUAAUUGUACUAUUUAUUUAUUGAGCAUACAAGUACUUUUUGUAACCGGAAAAUAGCUUCAUAUCUCAAUGUUUCUUUUAUUUUUUUUUUUGUUUUUUAAGAGUGUGAGGAAUCUUGUCUUGAUGAUCCUCCUAAAAGUAUUCUCGUAUAAAGUGUAAUUAAUUGUUCCUUUUCUAACUGGACAGAGAGCUAGAUUUUCGGUUUUAUUAUAUUGCUUCCAACGCGCAUUUUUGUCGAAUUUACGGUUUUUGUAUCAACAAGCUAAUAUAUUACGAUUUACGAUAAGGUAAUUGGUAUACUUUAAUAUUUAAUAAAACAUUUUGAAUAGGUUUAUUUUACACCACUA